AUGUCUGACAAACAGAUCUACUAUUCGGACAAAUAUUACGACGACAAGUACGAAUACAGACAUGUGGUGUUGCCUAAAGAGAUGGCAAAAAGCAUACCAAAAACACAUUUACUUUCUGAAGAAGAAUGGAGAUCAAUUGGAGUUCAACAGAGCAAAGGAUGGGUACAUUAUAUGAUCCAUGAACCCGAACCUCACAUUUUAUUAUUCAAAAGACCACGAACCAACUGA